GGUUCCGAUGUCUCCGGAAGGUUCCGCUCAUUUCUACAAGUUGGAAGAGGACAUUACAUGCUCCGUGUGUCUCCAGGAGCUGACCGAUCCGGUCUCCAUCACCUGCGGUCAUACCUUCUGUAGAGGCUGUAUAACCCAAUACUGGGACACCCCGGGGCUCUUCUGUCACCGCUGCCCUGAGUGCAGGAAAAUAUGCCCCAAGAACCAGCUCAUACCCGUCUACAGGCUGCAGAACAUGGUGACCAAGGUCCAGCUGGCAGUCAAGGAGGAGCAGGCCAGACAGAUUCCACCUUCAGCCCUUCAGUUGGUGUUUUCGGAUAGUGAUGGGAGGCUGCAGCUGGAUGAGUCUGUACUACAGAGAUGUUUCUUGGACAGUGAGCUGUCAGAGUACCCCCUGAGCCUUAUCUGUGUGAUCGGGGAGAGGAGGAGAGGAAAGUCCACCCUACUGAAUUAUAUACUGAGAGCCCUUCACUGCCUGGAGAUAUGCCAGCCGGCCAGUCUGGGGCAGGAGGAUGAGCCCCUCACAGGAUUCGAAUGGAAAAGUGGUGCUGAUGGCGUAACAAAGGGAAUCUGGAUCUGGAGCAAACCAUUCAUCCUGGAGAAGGACGGGGAGAAGCUGGCGGCAUUUGUCCUGGACACGGAGGGCUCCUUGGAUAUUGAAGGUGAUCGGGAGACCUGUCUCAAACUGUCUGCACUGUCUAUGCUCCUCAGCUCAUAUCUGAUAUUUAAUGUGAACUCAAGUGUGAAAACCACAGAACUGGAUUAUCUGGAGAUGUAUCUUCAUGUGUCCGAGCUGACAGGAGCGUCAUUGUCUCUACAAUAUCUGCAGCACUUGGAUCUUCUGGUGAGAGACUGGCAGGAUCCUGACCGCUGUGGCCGUGAAGCCGGUCGUGACUACCUGCAGCAUGAGAGUCAGACGCUGCGGAAGGGUUCGGAAUACCGCCUUUUGCUGGAGACUCUUAGAAGUCCAUCUGUCAGCGGCUUCCUGUUGCCCCACCCAGGAAAAAGGUUCCUGAGAUCCAGUGAGGGCAGCUUGGCAGACAUGGAUGAAGACUUCAGAGAUCACCUCACAAGAUACAUCCUGGAUCUUGUGGCAGGAAUUUGGCUCCACCAGAAAACCGAUAUCUGCGGAGAGAGGAUCACCUGCGGUCACUUGGGGAGAGCUCUGAAGGAAUUUGUCAUCAUGUUACAGAGGAGACAGUACAGCUUUACUACCCCCAUGCAGAUGUUUCAUUCACUUGAGAACCGGAAGCACCUGAGCACCAUCUUAAAGAAAUUCCAGGAUUUCCUGGACCAGCAGCUUCCUGCCAACGCUUCUCCAUUUAAGGUCCUUGGAGUGAGGACAUCCCGGAUGAGGGCGAGGGUCAGCGAGCAGGUCGCUUUUCUUCUGGAUACAUAUGAGGUCAUCCUGGAAGGCGACAACGCUGCCGAGAAGGAGAUGCUCAUGGACGAGAUGAAAUCCCUGUUGACAGAAAAACAAGAAAGUUUCUGCACUGAAUACUCAAAGCGGUUCACCAAGUGCGCAGUGGGCAUCGGCUGUGCCGUAGGAGGCGGAGUCCUGAGCCUGGCUGGUGGGAUUGUAGGGGCAGCAGUGGCUGGGACUGUGCUCGCCGUCGAGGCUGCAGCCUUACUAGGCAGCACAACUGCGGCGGUGGUCGGAGGGGCGGUCGGGGGCUCCGUCACACUCGGCGCUAUCGGAACAGGCGUGGGCGCGGGCGUCGGUGGCGUCAUCGGACACGUGGAAAAGAAAAAAGACGCAAAAGCCGAGCGCAGUACAAACGCAGAGACGUCUACAGAAGACGCCCAACAUCUGAUGGACGAAAAAGACUGA